GAGGGUCUAGUUACUUAGAGGACUGUGGCCGAGUCGUUCUCAGUCCUAGAGUUCCUGAAGUUACCUGAAGCUGAUCCGCUCUUUUGUUCCACUUUGUCAUCUCACCACAGCAUCUGUUAUGCGUUUGAACUCUAUUGUCAGAAUGGAACACAUCUGGUACUGGUUGGAUGGAUCCGGGCAGUGGAUUGAAUAUGGGAAGCAGCAUGCAAACUAUUAUGCUGCCACAGUCACUUCUGCGGACCUGGAGGCAGCAUUUCUAGCAGACCAAAAAGGCACUGUGUUGUUUCAAGCUGGUUCUCAGCAGUAUGAGAUAAACUUUCAAGAAAUGGUCCAGAUAAAUUUGCUCUAUCAAACUCGGAGAAAAGUCUGUAGGUGGCCAAAGCUUGUGUUCUUUGGAGGAGAAGACAAGCGUGAGAGAAGCCAAAGGGAAACUACUAGCCCACUUCAUCUGUUUCCUCCAAACUGGGAUCAAUCGGCAUUGCCUGACAUAGGGUACCAGUUGGUGGAGCUGAGUAACACUACCAGUGAGUACAGGGAAGUCAAAGACCUAUUUGAGAAGACAAUGAAAGAUUAUAGAAUCUGCAGAUUGCAAAGGAUUCAGAACCCGUCACUUUGGCAAGUUUUCCAGUGGCAAAAGGAGCAGAUGAGGAAGACCAACAUAGGAAAAGAUGUAGAUGAGAGGCUCUUAUUCCAUGGAACAACGGCAUCCCAUUUGGAUACCAUCUGCUGGCAGAACUUUGACUGGAGAAUCUGUGGGGCCCAUGGAACAGCCUUUGGAAAAGGAAGCUACUUCGCCAGGGAUGCCAGUUAUUCCCAUAAGUACUGUCAGGCUGACACCAGUUCCAAGACCAUGUUUGUUGCUCGAGUGCUAGUCGGAGAUUUUGUUGAAGGAAGUAGCAGCUACCUUCGCCCCCCACCCAGACCCAGCCAUCCGAACAGGUUUUAUGACAGCUGUGUGGACAGCCUAGUGAAUCCCUCCAUUUUUGUCAUCUUUGAAAAGCACCAGAUUUACCCGGCAUAUACAAUAGAAUACACAGAAGAGUACCGCUGUGCGAUCUUGUAAUGGGCAGCAAUACUAACUUCCUAAAUGUAACCGUCAAAUGAUUUUACAGAUUUUUAAAAUAUAUUUAUAUAUUUAUUAGAACUGGUGUAUAUG